AUGUUGUACUAUUUGGUAGCUUUCUGUGCCAUUGCUGGAGCUUAUGCUCAAACCAUGCCAAAUGGUUCUUGUCCGACGUUCAAAGCCAACAGUGUCAACGCUAAACUAAUGGUUGGAAAAUGGUACGAUUGGGGACGUAGCAGCAAUAAUGCCUUGAACGGACAAAGAUGUGGAUACGAAAACUGGAACCAACCCUCAAACGUACCAAAUGUUGGAACCAUCUCAGUAAACCACGCCAUCCUCGACACCGACUACAAUAGAUACGUCAUCUACUACCAAUGUCUCAACCUAGGAUCCACCUACUCCAUCUCCCUUUGGAUCAAGACCAGAGACCAAUACCCAGGAUCUAAAGUAGAAAACCAAGUCUAUAAUGCAUUGAACAAAUUCGGUCUCUCUUGUAUUGUGAAAAGUUGUCCUAGUGGACGCAAACUAAAAACUACAAAAAAUGAUCCGUCUCAGCAUCUGUCUUUUUUCCAACCUUCUACACCGGCAAGAUUAGACAAGUGGCAAAAGUGUUUGGGUAUUAAAUUAAAAGCCACUAAUAAUAUUUGCCAUCUUCAUUUUAAAGAAGAACAUAUAAAAUUGUACGAUAAGUUUAUCAUUAAUGGAGAGGUCAAGAUUUUUCAAACAGUGAAAAAAAAGCUAAAACCUGAAGCUUUGCCAACAAUCGAGCAUCAAUUUAUUCCUAUACCAUUAUAUGAGCUCCAAGCAAGUAUUAUUAAUCAACGACAAAAAUCAACUUCAUGCCACAAUUACUGUGAAGACGAUCAGCAGGAUCGUAUGCAAAACAGCUGCAUUGAGCAACAGGAAUUAUUAGAUGAUCUAAAUAUUUCUAAUAAUGCUACAAAUUACAGUCAACAAAUAGAACAGGACUUGGAAAAGUCUCUGUUGAGUCAGCAGUCAUAUGACAGUUUAAAUAGUCACGUAGAAAACGAAACAACUGUAAAACCAAUAGAGAGUAUAGGAGAUAUCCAGAAAUGCCCAAUGUUACCGCAGUUUUGGAUGCGUGUAGAUAAACCAGACGGACUAGAAUUUUUGCGAAUGGAUCCAUCAGCCAAGAAAACGAAAAAUCAUAUACGUCUAAAUGAGGAUUUAUCAUUAACCGUUAUUUUUUCUAAUGGUGAAGAAUUGUCUCUUGACGUUAAAAUUAAUUCUUUCAAAAAUAUUUGCGAGUUCUUAAAAUCUGUGGAAAGAUGGCCAUUAUGCGUUGGUACUCAAAUAGACAGUAAUAAGUACUCACAAGUGUGUAAAGGUGUAAUUAUAAGUGACGAUGCUUACCAAAGAAAUCAAAGAAAUCCAAGAUGUAAAUCAUGUCGAAUUUUACGGAAACGCUUACAAAGCCGUAAAUCUACUUCAAUUGUUUUAGAGAAAAGUACUGCUCUAAAACGGCGGGCUUCAAGCCUUAAAAAACAAAACAAACGUCUGAAGAGAAUGGAAACGACCACCCUGAUCCAAAAAUGUUUGCCCAAGUCUAUCGUUUGGCUUCUUGUUUUUCUCUCGUACGUCCUCCAAAAGGAUCUAAUAAUGUUGUACUAUUUGAUCGCUUUUUGUGCCAUUGCUGGGCUCGGAGCUUCGGCUGAAGUUCAAACUCCGUAUGGAGUCACUCAAUAUGAACCCUCUCAAGAUGGUGCUUGUCCGAAAGUCCGUUCCUUCAACGUCAACUUAAACCAAAUGUCUGGCAGAUGGUUUUUACAAUUGAUUAGCAGCAACACUGGUCUUCAACAUGAUACUGAAACUUGCAAACGGGAUUAUUGGAUGCGGCCUAAUGGAAAUAAAGUACAAGUUGUUUUGUCUGCCUAUUCACCAAUACUCGGCCGUUACUCAGAAGUUCUCACUGAUCUUUCAUUUAAUCGUAAUAAUUACAACAUGACCGUCAUACCACCAAUUAUCGAAAACUUUACUGUCAAGCACACCGUUCUUGAUACAGAUUAUAGGAGCUACGUCAUCUAUUAUGGAUGCGUCAGCGAUGGAACUAGCUCUGUUCCCGCAUUUUGGGUCAAGACACGUGAGCAAUAUCCAAGAUUUUCGGUAAGGAACAUUGCUCAAAAUGCCUUGAGAAGAAAUGGUUUCCCAUACCUCGACUUUUCUGAAACCAGCCAACAAAACUGCUAA